AUGUUGCAGGGACUAGAGUUUGCUAGAGCAUUUGCGAUUUUGGGCAAGUGCAUUGAAUAUGCCUCAAUCUUUGGACUCGCGGCAUUCUGUUAUCGUAUGUAUCAAGUGCGGAUGCUCAUUAGGCGCGCACAGAAGGAUUAUGGUGUACCUAUGAUACCUCACUCGUUUAUUUUUGGUCAUCUGAUUGUCGCUGCCAAAUUGCAUAUGAAGCGCAAGAUUCCACGAGAUGUGAGUGCCCACCCACAAAACAACCCUUUGUUGCAUGGCCACUGGAUGUUUACACUUUUGAAGGAAGAGUUUCCCGAGAUCACAAGCUGUGGUGUCAUUUACUUCGACCCCUGGCCAGUAGGGUUUCCCAUGAUGGCCGUGGUACACCCAGGCAUGAUCUCGCAGUUCACUAUGUCCCCUAGCCUGCCCAAGUUCUUUUGGAUGCGGGAGACAGAAUUUCGUCAUUUCAGUGGCGGAGUUGACCUUCUUACCAGUGAAGGCCAAGUAUGGAAAGAACAGAGAGCCAUGUACAACCCUGGAUUUUCGGCGAAAAAUAUCAUUUCUAUGGCGCCUUGGUUUCUUGAAGAGGUCCUUAUCUAUAAAAACCGACUUUUCAAGGCUGCAGACCAACGAAAGACAAUCAGGCUAGAGGACUAUACCCUGGAUCUUACCAUGGACGUGAUUGCUCGGACCACAUUUAACGUGCGGACAAGAGCUCAGGACCAGGCAGAACCAGCUUGGGUAGACGCUCUCCGAGAGCAAAUAAAGCUGAUCUAUUUCAACCUCGACCCUAUGAAGCAGCUAAACCCAACGCUCGGUUACAAGCACCGGAAGUACAACCGAAUCCUCAAAGAGGCCAUAACCCCUUUAAUUGAGGAUGCAUAUGCUAGCUACGCGAAGGCAGACGGUCCCCGAACAAUCAUUGGCCUGGCCGUUAAGCCAUUCGUUGAGAAAGGAAUUUCGAUUCCCCCGGAUUUCAUCGACAAGAUAGUCAAAAACAUCAAGAUGUUUCUGUUCGCCGGCCACGAGACAACAGGCACCACCAUUUCCAUGAUGUAUUAUAUGCUGCACCGUAAUCCUGAGAAGCUCGCAGCUUUGCGCGCCGAGCACGAUGCUGUUUUUGGUUCUGACCCUGCCCAGGCCAUCGAGGCCAUCCAAGCAGAUUUCACGACCCUGAACAAGCUACCAUACACGACGGCGGUGGUCAAAGAGCUCUUGCGAAUGUAUCCGCCCGUUGGAGGCGGCGUUCGAGAAUCAUCGUCGCCAGAUUUCAUGCUCACCCAUCCAGAGACAGGUGCUCGGUUUCCCACUUAUGGACUCAUGAUACAUGCAACUGGCCUGGCUAUGAGCUGGGACCCUAAAUUUUGGCAUAGACCAGACGAGUUUAUUCCCGAGCGGUUCUUGGUCCGUGAUGAGAAUGAUCCAUUGUAUCCUGGUAAAAACUACUGGCAGCCUUUUAGUCUUGGGCCGCGGGCCUGUAUUGGUCAGGAAAUGGUGCAGCUCGAAGUUAAGCUUACUCUAGCUUUGACUAUUCGUGAGAUCGAUAUAGUGCCAGACUAUCCUGAAGACGCCCCAGAAUUCAAAGGAGAAAAGGCGUAUCAGGUGGAGUUAGCGGAUGCCAUCCCAUCUGCGAGGAUUAAGGAUGGGUUACCUGUGAAAAUAAAGCGAAGAACAUAA